AUGUGGUCUUCUUCCUCUAGAUCAUCUCUCCGAUCCUUAAGAAAUAAUUUUGUAAAUCUCCGCUUCAAUAGAUGCGCUUCAGAUUCCCGAAGAUUUAUUGCUACAAUGGGAGAAAGGACCUAUGAUGAUGCUAUCAACGCCUUGAAUACACUUCAAACACCAUACGAAGUUCUCAAGAAACGAUGGGAAGCUGGGAUCAAACUCGAUGAAGGAGCUAAUCGGGAAAUGAAACAACAUCUGACUCGAAUUGGAUAUACCCAAGAUGAUCUCGAACGAUUGAAUAUUGUUCAUGUUGCCGGUACCAAAGGCAAAGGGUCUACGUGUGCCUAUGUUGACUCUAUAUUGAAUCGGUAUAGAAAGUCACAUGAUCUUCCCCAAAAGGUUGGACUUUUCACAUCACCCCAUCUCAUCGCUGUCCGGGAAAGAAUUCGAGUCAAUUCAGCACCUAUAUCUGCUCCUAUGUUUGCAAAAUACUUCUUUGAAGUUUGGGAUCGUCUGGAAGCAGCUGCGGCGUCCUCGAGCGAACCGUUUGAGAAGCCUGUCUAUUUCAGAUACCUGAACUUGAUGUCUUAUCACGUUUUCCUCCAAGAAGGUGUCGAUACUGCCAUCUAUGAAGUUGGAGUUGGAGGCGAAUAUGAUUCGACGAAUAUUGUGGAUCGACCUGCGGUGACGGGUAUAUCAUCAUUAGGGAUUGAUCAUGUGUUUACACUAGGAGACACGAUUGAUAAAAUAGCAUGGCAUAAAGCUGGAAUUCAGAAGGCAGGAGUGCCAUCAUUUACAGUGAAUCAAAAGCCAGAAGCGAUGGAAGUAGUAGAGAAGAGGGCUGUGGAAAAGGGAGUGAAGUCUUUCAAAGUAGUCGAUUUAGAUCCAAGACUGACGACGGUGAAAAUAAAACCCGCUGCAGAUUUUCAGAGGGGGAACGCGAGUCUUGCCAUUUGUCUAGCUGAGACAGUUUUAAAGAAACUGGACCCCAAAUUCAGUACAUCCUUGGAUUCUCUACCCCAAGAUUUCGUAGACGCCUUGGAGCAAGUAGUCUGGCGUGGAAGAUGCGAAACAAAGGUUGACGGAAAUGUCACCUGGUAUUUGGAUGGCGCACAUACUGCAGAUAGUAUCAUUGUCGCAGCAAAAUGGUUUGGUGAUGAGGUCGCAAAGGAGCACGGCCCACGAGUUCUGAUUUUCAACCAACAAGGUCAUCGUGAAGCAAUUGGAUUACUUGAAGGACUUCAUAGCGCAAUCCAAGGAUCCGUAAAGUUCGACCAUGUAAUAUUCUGCACAACAUCCAUUCAAAAAGAAAACGCGUCUAAGAAAGAUUUCGUCAACCUUUCCUACGACCCUAAAUCAAUAUCUGAACUCACUAUGCAAAAAGCCUUUGCUGAAAAAUGGCGCUCGCUUGAUUUUAACCUUGAAACUGAUGUACAAGUUCUUCCAAGUGUGGAAGAUGCAUUUGAAUACGUGCGAGGUUUGGCCACGGAUGACGUACAUGCUCAAGCUCUAAUUACGGGGAGUGUGCAUUUGGUUGGUAGAGCUCUGGGAAGUUUGGAGUCAGUGGAUGCACUGUAAACAAUCAAAGGUGGUGAAAUUAAAUGGUUAAAAUGAAGAACCGCGCUGUACCUCAACGUUAAAAUCUAAAAGGGGAAUGCGGAGGAAGGGAAAAGGGAUAACGCGAUUCACGAAUUUGUAUGAUGUGUACGAUAUUGUUCAACCAA